AUGUCUACAUCCCCACGUUUAAACCACUGUUCCCACAGUGCGUGGCUCUUCGACCAGUUGUACACCUUCCGGAGCCGAGGCUUCCAGUGCGACUCUACAGUAGUGACGGAGGACGGGAUGAGGUUCGACGUCCACAAGGUGGUGCUGGCGUCGUGCAGCGCCUGGUUCCUGGGCAGGUUCUGUCUGGUGACGGAGCGGGAAACCUCCGUCCCCGUGCCCUGGUCCUACUUCGCCGUGGUGCUGGAGUACGCCUACGCCAGGCAGUUCGCGGUUCCCGAGGCGCAGAGGCAGGGGAUCGUCGAGGUGGCGAAGACGCUGAGAAUGAGAGAGCUUCUCCAGCUUCUCGAGCAGGGUCAAGGCGACGCCAGCGUGCAUCAACAAGACCAACUGUUCCUCGUCUCCCGCACGAGUGACGACGCUCUAAAGUCACUCCGAGUGCUUUUUGAGGCAGGUGCACUGUGUGACAUCAUGCUUUAUUCAACCAGUGAGUCGGACAGACUGUGCAUCCCCGUCCACAGAGUCAUCCUGGCCGCCUGCGUCGACUUCUUUGCCAACAAACUGCCGCAGUGUCAAGCCAACGCUUGGGUAGUGAACGGCGUUCCUGACAAACUACUAAAGCCGUUUCUGGCGUACCUGUACACGGGCGAGUUCGAAAUGUUCACCAUGCACGAAUGGAAGGAAGUAGCGCUUUUUGCCACGUACCUCGGCUGUACCACCCUCGUCGGUCUGUGCUGUCGGUUUCUAGAGACACGCUUGUCGCUGGACGACGUAGUUCAGGCCUUCAGAUGCGCGAGGAAGACAGGAUCCAUACCCUUGAUUCAGUCCGUACACGCGGUUGUAGGUCGUCCCGACGUCUUCCGCAGCUUCGCGGACUCCGAGGACUUCCUGGAUCUGGACGCGGACGAGAUAGCGGAGAUCCUGCAGGAGGACACGCUGUCCUCGUUCUCGGAGGAGACGCUGUUCGACAUCGCGCUGCGGUGGAUCCUGUGGGAGAGAAACAACAGGGCCCUGGUGGCGGGGACGGUGAUGAGCGCCAUCCGCUUUUCCUGCAUCCACCCGGACGCGCUGGACAGAGUCCUGGCGAAGGCGCACUUCCUUCGGAAAGAUUCUUCCUUCUACAAACAAAUCGAGUUCGCCAAGGAGUACCACAGGGACCCGGAGUGGCAGCACCUGAACCACCACCGUAAGAACAGGCAGACCUGGAUCCGCGGCGCCACGGAGUCCCUGGUGGUGCUGGGGGGUUGCUGCCUGACGCCAGAGGCUCUAAUAGCGGGCGAUGUUCUCUCUGCAGAGGUGACGACUCUCAGACACAACCAGGACACAUGGACAAGCCUGACCAAAAUGCCUCUGUCUAUAGUGCACGGAAGUAAGGUCAGAGGACUCCAGUACGCCUCCGUAGCCGUUCUGGACAACUUCCUGUACGUGGCUGGCGGGUUCCACGACUCAGGCGACUGCGGAGACCACGUGGACUGUACCGACAUCGUCAUGCGGUUCGAUCCGAGAAUCUCCGUGUGGCACCGCGUCUGUAACAUGCUGUCGGCGAGGAGACACUUCCAGCUCGUGGCCGUGAACGGUUACUUGUACGCCCUGGGUGGGACCGUCUUCAGAGACCCCUACAAGUCUGUAGAGAGAUACGCCCCGAGUCAGCGAUUCUGGCAGCACGUCUCGCCACUCAUGGAGGACCCCGAUGCCUUCGCUGCCGUCUCCCUUGCCGGGUGGUUGAUGAUCUCCGGCGGGAGGGAGUUCGGCAUGGCGGCGGCGGUGCGGAGGGUGCAGGUGCUGGACCCCUACACCGGCUGCUGGGACGAUCGCUGCGCCAUGUGGACUCCACGGGCAAACCACAACAUGGUGGCCACGAGCAGAUACAUCUACGUGCUGGGCGGCGAGGUUCAGUUCACGGACGACGCGGCGCCGUUUGCCCUGACCCUCGUGGAGCGGUACGACCCGUUCCCCGACCAGUGGACGGUGGUUCCCGGCGACAUGUUGCCGAGACUGGAGGCCGCCGCCACCGUGGUGAACGACGACAUCUACCUGGUUGGAGGAUACGACCCCGCGGAGCCCUUCAUACCGAGCGAAACCGUACAGGUGUAUAGUACAAGGGAACAGACAUGGCGGCUGGCGGCUAACAUGCCCCGCGGACUUAUAGGAGCUUGUGCCUCCUCUCUCAUCAUACGGGACUCUCACUUGUUAUGACAAAGUCGAGACUACUGUUAUCUCUGUUAUCUCGGUGUUUGUGAAAGAAGUAUUUUAUCAUUGGAAUUUCAAUUUGCUCCACAACAAACGUUGAUAGCAUUCCUCUCAUUAAAUGUCUAGUAAGAGAGGACUGAAUUUAUCUUAUAGCAAAUUAUAUUGCGGCAACGUUAGACAUUAAUUAAAAAGUAUGCCUGUAACGUUACGUCUUGACGAUAAAUCAAUGGAAGAUUUGAAUAGCAAUCGCACUGUUGUGGAAUAG